UACAAAAUCUCCAUGGCCUACCCUUCCAAGUUCCAAAUGGUUUGUUUGUGCUUCUCCUCCGAGUUCCCUCGCUCCAUCAGAGAGCAGAAGCAUAGGCUCACUGACAUUUCAAAGCUCCCUCUGUAAUUAAACUUCAUAAACGGCACCACCGUAUUGAAGAUGGAGCCGGGUUCUAAUGGCGAAGAACCCACAUCGUGGGAUGAGCUUUACAAUAUCAAUCUUAUGCCAUCGGAGCUGUUUCUCAAGUUCCGUAAAGAAUUGCAGGGUUUUCGGUUUGGUGUCAAUUUGGAGUUUUAUAAUGCUCCAUUGAAUGACUUUCAAGGAAAGCUUGUGUUGAAGCCAUUGUCUCCUGAUAAAAAGUGGAAGUUCGUUUACGAGCCUCUCCAACAGGAUGUCCGCCUUCUUUCAAAAAAAAUUCCUGUAACCAAAUAUUUAAAUCUCCAGGUUGGAAUAGGCCAUAACUUUCUCAUGCAUGCAACUGGUUGGAAAUGGAAGCUUAGUACAUGUUUUGGUGGAGAUGGUAUAUCUCGAAUCCGUAACAAAACAUCACUUGGCUUGUUCCCUGGUGUGGAUAUGCGAUUUGGGUGGAGGGCUGAUUAUGUCCUUCCAGAAAUUACUGGGGCGCUAGGCACUGGCGAACCAUUGUUCAACAUGAACUCAGGAAAGUUCCAAGCAUCACUAGACAGAGUUGAGACCAUUCUAACCCAUUCGGACGAAGUGAUUUAAACUGGUCAGAAACACUCAGAAGACCGGCUGGGGAUUUGGAGACAAGGCAUAUGCAAAUACUUGUAAUUCUUCAAUGGUGGAAGAUGAAUCACUCAUUUAACCCUGGAUUCGAUAUUUCUUCAUAUCAGCUAAUGGUCUCGGCUUCUGAGGAUGCUGCAUGCACCACAAGCAACAUGGUGUGUUGUAAUUUCCUGUGCUGAUUGAAGAUUUAUUUUUAAUAUAACCAUUAUAUUUCAUCUAGUUGGCUUCACUGGGAUGUUACUGUAUGCCACUUUGGAAGUUCCUGUAUAGCUAGACAAAAGAGCCAGAUGAUAAUAAAUUAUUAUAUUGUAACUUUAAUAUAAUAUAACAAUAAUUAUAUAAUUAUUUGUUUAGUAAAAUUACAGUUCUUAGACA